UGACAACAAUUCCUCGUCCCCCUCCCUUGUCUGCUCCUCGCCGAACGGUGGAAUCGAAGCCCUCAACUCGCCGCCGAUGACCCUGGGAUCGGCGAUCCGCCCGGCCGGACAUGGCGAUCCAUAGUUCUUCGGUCUCCUCCUCCCGCUGCAGCGCCCGUCAGCUCAUCGGAGGUGGACGAACAGUUGCCGGAGAACGCGUUGGAGAGGAAGCAGCCGUCUAGGCGCAAGGAUCGUACCCGAGGAUCCGACAGAAUGCAAGGCAACAUGUACGGGAGUCCACUUCCACUCCGUAUGUCCGAAUCGAAUCGGAGGAUAAUCGAGGCAGGCGAUCCAACCAAGCGGCUAUAUCAAGUGUGGAAAGGGAGCAACAGAUUUUUUCUGGGAGGGAGGCUUAUAUUUGGUCCAGAUGUGAGAUCUCUGAUGCUCACAAUACCUCUUAUCGUAGUGCCGGUUAUCCUCUUUGUGCUAUUUGUUUCACACAAGCUGAUUAAUGAGUUCCAGCAUCACUUGGGGAACUUCAUAGUAGCUUUUGCUGUCAUAUUUGCCGCAUAUGACAUUCUUGUGCUCUUUCUUACUUCCGGCAGAGACCCAGGAAUUGUUCCUCGAAAUUCGCGUCAUCCUGAGCCAACAGACGCUGGUAGUGUCUCCCCCAGUUUAUCCGCAGAGUGGUCAGGGCGCUACAGUACCGCCUCAACUUUGCCGCCGACCAAAGAUGUCUUUGUGAAUGGCAUUAUCGUCAAGGUCAAGUAUUGCAAUACAUGCAUGCUUUAUCGUCCCCCUCGUUGCUCCCACUGCUCGAUCUGCAACAACUGUGUGGAGCGCUUUGAUCACCAUUGUCCCUGGGUUGGGCAGUGCAUUGGAAGGAGGAACUAUCGUUUCUUUUUUAUGUUCGUGUCCUCCACAACCAUCCUGUGUCUGUAUGUCUUCACCUUCUGCUGGGUCAACCUCACAAAGAUCAUGGGGGCCUAUGAUUGCAAUCUCUGGCGAGCUGUUCUGAAAUCACCUGUUUCCGGCAUGCUCAUCAUCUACACAUUCAUAGGAGCUUGGUUCGUCGGAGGCUUGACUGCCUUCCACCUUUACUUAGUCUGCACCAACCAGACAACAUAUGAGAACUUCCGAUACCGGUACGAUGGCAAAAUGAACCCUUACAACCGUGGCUGCAUCUAUAACGUCAAGGAGGUCCUCUUCUCGGGGAUUCCCAAGUCCAUAAACAACUUCAGAGCAAAGGUGACAGAUGACUUAUCUCGAUUCACCACAUCACAUUCUCUAGGGCGAACCGUGAGCACAGACAUGGCGAAGCCAAACUUCGACCUCGAGGUUGGCUUGAAGAGGCACUCUGUGGCCGCAGAGGAGCCCGGAGACAUACAGAACAAGUUCGAGAUCGGCGCGUUAGAGAGAUGCGAAGCGCGGCCACCGCACUCGAUCUGGGAUACAACAGAUGACGUUGAUGCACUGUCGGUUGAGUUCGGAAUGGGAGGCAAAUGGGAGACACAAGAUGUGCAGCUUGGAUACGGCGAGAGAGUAAAGACUCGGAGUCAUGAUCACAGAGUGAAGAUUCAGCAUGGAUAUUGAGGUGCGGCAGAAUAGUAGGCAGACAUGGAGUUGAAAGGCUUUUUGUCUGGUUCGAGCCGCGAAGGCAGGUGCCCGUAAUUUCCACUCUUUGCUGCAUAGGGUUCUAAAAACACGUCUGUAAAGGCCUGCAUGAGCUGUUGUUUUGUUGGUGAUUCGCUCUUUCACUUUCACUCCAUUCUACUGUAUUUGUCAUCUAUUUAAUGUUUCAAGCUUGAUGUUAAAUA